AUGGACAAACUCGUUGGUGUUGGAAUGCUCGCUGUCGCCACGGUGGUCUUCACUUACUACUCUAUAUGGAUUUUCCUGAUUCCCUUCGUUGACCAAAGCCACCCCAUUGUUGGGUUCUUCCCGGGCCGCGAAUGGGCAGUCCGCAUCCCGGCGUUGUUGCUGGUGCUGGGUGUUGUGGCGGUCGGAACGUUUAUUGGCACCACUGUGGCUAAGAAAGGCGGUCCCAACUUUUCCAUGGACAAUUUCAUCGAGCGCUCGACCGCUCUGCUUGCAGCUCGGCCAGACACUGCCCGCGUGUCGGUGCGUUACACCCACAAAAAAGUAAAGCACUGCCAGGAGGCCACUGUCGGGAAAGUGCGGCCGGCCGUUGCAAUUUUCAAGACCUAUGAUCCGGUGUCGGGUGCCCUGUACAAGAUUCGAGUCACCAAGGCCAACGAGCUGUCCCGCAUUCUGUCCAGCUUGGGCCCCCGCUUUGUGGAGAUCACUAAGGAGAACAAAGUCUCCAAAAAGCGGGGUCUGGCCAGUCUCAUGAGUGAUGUAGAGCCAUCGGACGUGCCGGUCGCGCCUGAGCCUGCCGCUCCACAAGCUGCCUCAUCGAGUGGCUCCGCUGACAAAUCAUCGAGCGGAACCAAGAAGAAGAGUAAAAAGAGGAAAUAG